UUCUUCUUCUUCUUCUUCAAAUGGAGGUGAUGACAGGCUUAUGGCUUGUGCUUGCUGCUGCAAUUUCAGCUGCAGUUGCCUUCCCAUCUCAAGAGGUUCUCUUUGUUAAUGAAACAAUUGAAUCUCACUCUUAUUUAGAAUCUCUGUAUGGGAUUGCUUCUGCUGCUGCCUCUCCCAAUGCUCUUAUGGUGCCUCUUACUCUCAUCAAUGGAGCUGCUGCUAAAGGAGCUGUGUGUCUGGAUGGAACUUUGCCCGGUUAUCACUUUCAUCGUGGAUCCGGGAGCGGGGCGAAUAGUUGGAUUGUUGACUUAGAGGGCGGCGGGUGGUGCAACAACGUUAAGACGUGUGUUUAUCGCAAGAAGACACGCCGAGGGUCAUCAAAUUACUUUGAAAAGCAAAUUGCAUUUACUGGGAUACUUAGUGAUAAGGCUUCGGAAAAUCCAGAUUUUUAUAACUGGAAUCGAGUGAAGGUACGAUACUGUGAUGGAGCCUCCUUCUCAGGGGAGGGCGAAAAUAAGGCCGCAGGGUUGCAGUUUAGAGGGCAACGCAUCUAUCAAGCUGCGAUGGACGAACUGAUGUCCAAAGGAAUGCACAAUGCCAACCAAGUACUUCUGGCCGGUUGCUCUGCUGGUGGUCUAGCUGUUAUUUUGCACUGCGACAGAUUUAGAGGUUUAUUCCCAUCAAGUACCAGAGUGAAGUGCCUCAGCGACGGUGGACUCUUUAUGAAUGCUCCAGAUGUCUCUGGUGGCCAUACUAUGAGGAAUUUCUUCAAUGGUGUUGUUAACCUACAGGGUGCUGAGAGGACUUGCACCAACCACGGCGAUCCAACUUCAUGUUUCUUUCCUGAGAAUGUAAUAGCCAACAUAAGAACUCCUCUCUUCGUCCUAAAUGCUGCCUAUGAUGCAUGGCAGGUCCAAGAAAGCUUGGCUCCGCCAUCAGCUGAUCCUCGUGGCAACUGGCGUCUCUGUAGAAACAAUAUUGCGCAAUGUUCACCUUCACAGAUCCAAUUCUUGCAAGGUUUUAGGACUCAUAUACUGAACCAGAUAAAAGGCUUUGCAUCAUCAAGGCAGACUGGGAUAUUCUUGAAUUCUUGCUUCGCUCACUGCCAAUCCGAGAGGCAGGAUACGUGGUAUGCUAAUAAUUCUCCCAAAAUCGGAAACAAGGGUAUUGCAAAAUCUGUUGGAGAUUGGUACUUUGACCGGGCAAAUGUGAAGUCGAUCGACUGCCCCUAUCCCUGUGAUACAACUUGUCAUAACCUCCAAUUCCACUGAACAAUAAUGUGCUCUCCUCUUACAUUUUUUUUGUUACAUAUAGUGAUCUCAAGUCCCAUUUAUAUUGAGAAAAUAAGACUGUUGAGUUUGUUGAAAAGAAAAAAGAAAGGGUUUUUACCUAUUAUACUGAGAUCUCAUGUCUUGUAACUUUGGAAAAGGAUAUGAGGAUAUUGGUCACAAAAUUUUAUUUUAUACUAUUAUUUUGUUUAUAA